AUUUAUUGAAACAGGAGAAUGCUAGACUUAUGGCUAGAAUCGCAAAAUUGAAACAAAUUACGAAAGAAAAAAAUGAGCUUGAGCUAUUACAAAAUAACUCACAGAGUAAGAAUACUGAGAAGUCUGAACAGGUAGAUAUAUUCAUUCCAAAAGAACAAUCUUCGGCUAAUAUUAGCAAUAUGGUCAAUGCCUCUUGUAAAACGAAUUCUGAUGAUACACCUAAACAAAUUGAAAUUAAUUCUGAUAAUAUAUCUGAUAACACUUCAAAUCCUGAUGUAUAUCAUGAGUCUUCAUCCCAAUAUCCUGCAUCACCUAUUUGCAAAGAGAGUAAAUCAUUGAAAGAUAAGGCGGUUAAUGAAUUCUUAGAUUUGACAUAUAAAAAAAAG